AACGUAACCGAUAAGAAUCGAAAAUGGGAUUUCUCAUUAAAUAGUACGCGAGACGAUAUAUUCGUCCGCGAUUGUAAAAGCGGCUUCGAUAAUUAUCUUAUUUCUUGGUAAAGUUACGAUCAAAAGGGGCUGAAAUGCAUUCGGCUGUAAAAAAUUGGUUGAAUCGUGGCGAACUUGAGAGACUCGAAAAUGUUGUAUUGGAGGGUCGGGGCACGCGUUUAUUAGGUGAACAGUCGCAAGAUCUUAGAACUCGUGUCUUCCUGAAAGGACUCCCCAACUAUUUGACGAAGAUCUCUCAAGUGCACGAUGCUGUUGCACGCGGCUCGUUAGCUGAAACGCAGAAGAUAAUUUCUGAGGAAUCGAAGAAAAAGCUGGCGAUCGCGAAGGAUUCAUGUGGAGUACCUUUGUUACACAAAGCGGUCUACUAUGAUCAACCCGAGAUAGUUUCUUGGCUUGUAGAAAAUUACCCUAUUACGCCACAACAGAAAGAUAGGGAAGGACGAACAGCCCUGCACUAUUGUUGUGUGUGUAAAGAUCCUGAUCAAAUCUGGGAUAUUCUCGUAGAAAGCGGAUGUGACGCUAGUAUUUGUGACAAGAAAGGAAAUCCGGCCUCCUAUUACUUGGAACAUUCUUCGGAGAUUGAAUUACCGGAAGUAGAGAUGACAACUCGACGAAGAAAAAGUACCGCAAAGGAUAAUAUGGAUUUCAAGCCCUCCAAUAUCAGGAUAUGGAUACACAACAAAGACAUCGGAAAAUUACAGCAUGUGUUGUGGGAGGGACAUGGAUCUAAACUUCGAUGCGAGACCAGCAAUAAUCCGCGGAUAAGAAGAUUCUUAGAAGCCGUGCCCUUUAUUAUGGGCACAAUAAAGGAUAUCCACGCAACAGUCAUUAAUAAUGAUUUGGAGGGUCUCAAGACAAAAUUGGAGGAACCUAUUUUGCCCAUUAUUUUAUGCGGCAAGGAUGCAAAUGGCUUAAAUGCUCUUCAUAAAGCUGCUGGUUUGGGAUACACAGACAUCGCACGUGAAAUCCUUGAACGAUGCCUUGCAACGGUAGCGGCUCAAGACAACGAAGGAAAAACUCCAUUGCAUUAUGCAGCUGCACUUAAGGACAACGGCGUCAUGUAUGAUCUUUUAACAGAGCAUGGAGCCGAUGAAAGUAAACUGGAUAACAGACAAAAAGCGCCUGCAUUUUACAAGAACCGCCCUUCGGACGUAGACCUGUCGAAUUUGUCAAUGAUACCGGAAGCGCCCCGAGUUUUCGAUACUUAUCCAAAAAAUUGGGACUGGAGGAUCUUGGAAGGAGCCAUUAUGCGAGGCAUGAAGAAAGUUAACAGUGACGAUAGCGCUUUCGGUAGUGCCGAAUCCACAAUGAAGGAUUCGGAUGAGAAGAAAGGCGAUGAUGAGCAAGAGAAUGAGGAGGCUGAAACUCCGAAUGGAAACGAGGAGGCUGAAAAUGCAAAUGGAGAAGAGGAAGCACAGAAUGAAGAACAAGAAGCACAAAACGGAGAAGAGGAGGAAGCACAGAACGGAGAAGAGGAGGAAGCACAAAAUGAAGAUGAGGCGAAUGACGGAGGAGAUGAAAACGAAGGGGAAGCAGAAAAUAACGAGGAAAAUGCCACCAAUGAGAACGAAGAAGAGCAAGAGGAAAAAGCAUCAUCUGACGAUGACGUGGUAACUGGACCUGUCGCGGAGCCAACGAAAGACGAGGAGGAUGGGCCUGAGGCCGUCGAUAAUGAGGAUGGUAUCUACGAGGAAUCCCCGAAGAUCGAGGAAAUCGCUAAUGAUGAAACCGUCGAACACGAAGAAAGAAACGAGCCUAGUACUGGCGAUUCUGGCGUUGAUGAUCCUGCACAAGAUGAAGAGCAGCAGGUAAUCGUCGGCGAACAUCAGGAGCCCGCGGAAGUAGAAUUGAGUGAGGGUAGUAUGGGCCGAGAUCUAGAAAUAGAUAGUUUAUUAGAGAAUGACAAUAUGGAACAAUUAGCGGCUCUCGUUCUCAAUGGUGAAGGCCGACGAUUGGUCAGACGACAGUGCGGAAAUCCCGAACUCCAAGCUUUCAUCGACAACGUUCCGACUUAUAUGGGAAAAAUUCAUACUGUGCACAUGGCAGCGCGAGAAGGAAAUCUUCGGGACCUACAAAGCGCAUUAGAUCGCCGUAAAUUCGCGGUGGCGCGAGACGAAUCAUCACCCCACGGCGCAACGCCAUUGCACGUGGCCGUUAUCUUUGGAAAUACCGUUAUCAUUAGGUAUCUGGCAGGAAGGUUUCCAGAAACUACUAACGCGAUCGAUCUCGACGGACGAACUCCGUUACAUUACGCUGCGACGCUCGCAGACAACGGUCAUUACUAUAAUCUUUUGCUACAUUUGGGUGCCAAUCCUUUAAUAGAGGAUAAUUUCGGACAAAAAGCAGAUUAUUACAAGCGAAAUCAAAGUGACUUAUCGCACAAAAAACUUCUUCGCAGUUUCGGAGCUACCGAGACACUCGCCGAAGAAAUGUUAACGGAUAAAGUACCCGGAGGUGAUAUCUACUCGGCUCGGCGUGACGUGAGCGAGCCUGAGGUCUUAGCAACUCUGGAACGAUGUUUCCGAUUACUGGCGGGCAACCGGCGAUCGUCGUUACCAAAAACCCCGUCGUCGAACGCCGGUACACUAGUCGCUCGUUGUCUAAAACGGCCCGUGUUCGAUUUGAUCAAGCACCGUGUGACUCGCAUGGAUCACAAUCUCCUUGACGUGAUCUGGCCUUCUCUGAAAAGGUACGGUACCGUCACAGACAACGGCACCAAGACCAGCAGUGCUCGCUCAACCAUCAACAGCAUCGCAGACGAGGAUCAUGGUUAUGGCAUAGUCGCACCUGAUUUUGAAAGUUAUGUCGUCUUUACGGAGUUCUUCGAUCCCUUCAUUCGGGAGCUGCACUGCGUAACCGCAAGUGGCGACCUACCCGAUCAUUCGCUACCACGUUUCUUCAGCGAUAGCGAAGAGGGCGAGGAGGGUCCGCCGGAUGAAACGAUCGUCACCGCACUCGAACAAUAUGAUCUAGACCCGACCGCCAAAUAUAUCCAAGCCGGUAUUUUAGAGUGUACCCGGAACCUAGUUAAUUACAGCCUACCAUUGACUUUGACGAUCAAUCAACUGGAGGAGGUCGAAAGAGAAAUCAUCAAUCAACUAAUGAGUCCAGAGAUAACCGACCUGAUGGCGGAAGGAAGCAGCGAGGACGAGGCCGGCACGUACUUCACGCUUAAUGAAAUUCUCGAACAACCCAGCCAAAUACGGGCGCAAUUAGCGGCAGCCGGUCUAUUGUUACCAAUCACGGAGUUCGAGCCAAACGACGAACGGCGUCUUCACGGCAAGCAUUGGCCCUAUGGACGUGGUGUGUACGUCACCACCGCCGGCGAUCUCGCGGCAUGGGUAAACAUUCAGGAUCACUUGAGGAUCAUCUGUCGCACCAACGAGAACCGGCCAGGUUUACUGGGCCGCGCUUAUGUUAGGGUAGCUAAACUGAUGAUGAUAUUCGACCAAAGACUGAAAUUCAAACGAGAUCAGAAGCUAGGUUUCCUGUCCGCCCGUCCGCACACCCUCGGCAACACCAUCAGAUUCUGCCUGAUCAUACGAUUUUCUGAACUUUCGAAAACGCCUGACAAUUUGCGACACCUAUGCGUGGUGCGCGGCCUGAACGUGCGCGACACCGUGAAAAGCGAUAUGGUGAGGAUCGGUAAUCAACAAUCACUAGCCAUUACCGAACUGCAGACCCUCCAGGACUUCUCCAGAGCGGUGCACAAUAUCAUCACGCUGGAGAAGGAAUUAUCGUUGAACAACUCGAUGAAGAUCGCCAAUCUCAUCACCGAUGAUAGCGGAGUUGACAUUCCAAUAUUUCGUACGGAGGAAGGACAUUAUUUAGCAUCAUCGCUGGGUGAUCCCUUAAUUAAAGGAUUAACAGAAGUAGCUAAUGCACGUCCAAAAGAUCCGAUCACAUAUCUUGCGACAUAUUUAUACAACUUUGCGAGCCAGAAUAAAGCCAAUGAACAGGAAUCUGAUGUCCUCUUAAUAUCCGAUCACGAAGAAGAAAAUUUGGAUAAUAAUAUCGAGAAUGACACUUUCGACGACGACGCUGGCUAUCCUCAAAGUCCAGAUUCUGACAUACCUGAAUCCACAUUUAGCAAUCCUAACAGGGACGAACAUGGACAAAGUAUGAUCCACUUCGCUGCGGUUCGUUCCUAUUCAAAGGAUGGCUUGUAUCACCUGCUGCUGGAGACGCAAGUCAAUGUAGGUUUCAGGGACGAAUUGUAUCGGACAGCCAGAGACGUUGCCGAACAGGCAAAUAUCCGGGAGAACAUCGAAGAGAUCGACCGCUUCGUUAUUUAUCUUGCGGCAAGAGGAGAGACUGAAAAGUUGGUCGAGCUUCUACUUGAGGGCUACGAUCACAUUUUAGACGCCGAAGACGACGGAGUAAGCAUCAUCGAGAUAACCGCGCAAAGAAAACACGAAGCUACUGUACAAUUUCUACAAUCAAUUCCUAAUUACAUAAAUCAACGCGAAGAAGUACAUGCUGCCAUUCGGGCCAACGACGAGGAACGUGUAAAGGAACUUUUGAAUAAAAAUAAUGGAGGUGGAAAAUUACUGGCGGUUGGAAAGAACUUGAUGAGUCGAUGCGCUCUGCACAUCGCUGUACUUCUAGAAAAUGAAGAACUUGUCAAGUUUAUCGCAAAAACGUAUCCAGAAACAUUACGCAUCGGUGAUAAUUUGGAGAGAACAGCUCUUCAUUACGCAAUGGGCGUGACGUCCGUGGAGAUCUUGAGUAAUAUAUUAAUCAAGACAGGUGCAAAACGCAUCGUCAAAGAUCUGAAAUCCCGGCAACCUUCAUAUUACUUCAUGAAUAAAUCUGAUAUCGAGCGACUUCAGGAAGAGGAAAAAGCCAUGAUUGCGUAAAUCACACAAUGUUAAAUAUGCAUACGAUCGCCGUAAUAACACGAUCAUACAUUUUGAUAUGUUCAUGCGUUCCAUUGAAAUGUUAUACUGAGAGAUGAAAGGAAAAAUCGAUAUCAAUAAAACACGAACAGAUAAGCUCCGUAAGCCACGUAUCGAUUUACAACGUCAAAUGUAGAAUAAGUGUAUAAUUUCGAAGAAUCUCUUAAAG